UAACUAGUCGCGUAUAAUUUCAGUUUUUUAUCGAAUACAUGACUUCCAACGCUGUAUGAAUGCGUGUUUCUUGCAGUUUACCUCCUACCAAAAGGAGGCUAGUAUCUUUUCUCAAAGCGAGUGUGUUGGUUUCUAAAACAUACUCGUGUUUUUACUUGAAGGUGCAUGUUGUUGAUGUUUUAUUGGGAUAUAAUAUUCGUUGA